AUGUCCAUUCUGAAGUCUGAAGUCGUCCAACUAACACCGUCGUUGGGUCCUUAUCACAAUGAUGCUAACUGUAACCCAGAAUUGGUCAAGAGAAGUGGACGCCGCCGACCCCGUUCUUGGAUCCCUUUCACCGUGUGUAUUCUGCAAUAUUCGCAACGUAACACACAAAAGACGAUGCGAAGUAUAGAGCGACGACAAUGUAUACUCCACCGGACGGCGGGCUUGGACACGAAAGCCUUGUGUAGCUUUGUCACGACCGCAUACUUGCUACUGACAGUGACCGUCGGUUCUCACGCACAGAGCCAUCCGAAGCAAACGUGCACAAUCGCCUAUGAUGGUACUUCCGUGUGUAAAAGAAGCAGCAACGACGACGAUAUCGAUCGGCAAGCAACCAAUGCUGGAAUGAUUGUCUCUUCGGAUUUGUCGGAUUCCACCUGUGACUUGUACUUGGCACCCUCCACCAUUCCUGGUGCAGGCGUGGGGAUAUUUACGGCGGUGGAGAAGCAAAUUGGGGAUACGGUAGGACGUGGAGAUAUUUGCAUUCCCGUCAUUGAUAUGUACUGGCACGCCGACGGCAUCACGCAACCCUUUUCGGACUAUUUCUGGUCCGGAGACACCAUGGGCAUGUCGCACGAAACCGACUCGGACGACGUGGAAGCACUCUGCCCGGGGUUAGACUGUGCCAUCAACUGUCAUCUUGCACUCGUUAACGUGGAGAAAGCCGUCCCCGUCUACGACGACUUCGGAGCGCUACACCGAUCCCGCGAUCCUGGAACCGGCGCCUUUUCCCCGUACCACAACGGAACCACCUACGUGUCCCGACACAUUCCAGCGGGAGGAGAAUUGUUCAAGUUCUAUGGGGAUCACUGGUUCCAAACAAGACCUCAUGUUUUUGGCCUGAUCCCACUUUCGGAGGAUUACGAAACGGCGGAAGACAUGAAUGAAAAAAUGGUGCUGCUACUGCAACGAGCUUUGGGUACCCGCGAUGGCGUCAACGUCAGCAGUGGCAACAAUCUGUUGGAGGACUGGUUUGGUUUGCUACAGAAAAUUAAUGCCGGUGCCUUUGAAUCGCGCACCCUCAAUGCCUUACCCCAGUCUUGGGCCGACGCCACGUUGGCCGCCAAAGACACAAUAUCCGCCCUACACCAACCAUCCGCGACGCGGGAUGUGGCCUGGCUGGAAAAACACGGACGAUGCAUAGAUCAUGUAGAACCGCGAACGAGUACCAUCGUACCGCAAGCCGGGCGUGGAGCGUUUGCCGUGCGAAGCUUGCUGCGUGACCAAGUCAUCACCACCACGCCUCUGCUGCACGUGGCGGAUGCUGAUUUCUUCAAUCUGUACAAUGUCACCUCGAUGUUUGACGAAAACGACAAUGAACACUAUCAGAAACAUGUUGACACUGUGGUGGGAUCCCAGAUCCUUUUGAACUAUUGCUUUGGACACGAAGAGACGACCGUUAUAUUGUGUCCUUACGGAUCCGGUAUCAACUACAUUAAUCACGACGCAACACUCGCCAAUGUAAAAAUCAGAUGGGCGGUCGAUUUUGACGUCGUUCACGACGAUGAAGUUGUACAAUCAUGGACGGUGGAAGAUUUGGAAAACGAUACUAAGCCACGUCUUGCCUUGGAUUACUUCGCAACGAGGGACAUCGAGCCCGGUGAGGAACUCUUACUUGACUACGGCGCCGUAUGGGAAGAAGCGUGGCGGGAACACGUCGACACAUGGCAGCCGUACAAUGGGGUCGUGGAUGCUAUAAGCUACGGUAGUGCCACCACAAUGAAUGAAGUCGCCCGCGAAACCCCACUGCGGACGCAAGACGAACAAAGGUUCGAUCCGUAUCCAGGCAAUUUGCAAAUUCGGUGCCAUUACGCUCUCAAGAAUACCAUAAAUCGCGAGGAGGCCUACGUUUUCCAUUGGCGGGACAAUGAUUACGGAUACGCAUGUCACAUUCUUGAUCGGUUUAUUGAAGACAACAAGGACUGGUACACGGUCGAGCUGGAAUUGACGGUCGAUCCCGACGCCGAAACCGCUGUAAGAACAGAGCGAACGGAUGUACCCCGAUCGGCGAUGCAAUUUUUCCCGGCCCCCGGAACGAGUGAUUUACAGUUGCCCAACGCUUUUCGACACUUGAUCGGUCUACCGGACGAACUUCUUCCCCCGCAAUGGCGCAACUUGUAGCUAGAAUAGAUUACGUGCGUGUCUCUAAACAAAUUGCCCCUCUAUACAGGCUCGGUGUGUGUGGCCUGCUAUGAGUUGCCGGACGGAAUGAACUAAUUGGUCGAGUGUAAUAGUACGUAAACAGUUCGUAUAAUUUUGCGGU